AUUUACCAUAGACAGAUAGAUUGGAAUGUCAAAGUGCCAGUGCAGACUUCAUCAUACAUUCAAGGCUGGACAACUGUGUGUUCACCAAUUCACAUUCACCAUGUAAUGGAUUGUAUGGAGGAAUAAAUUGAUAAUUUGUUUCUAAAAGCCUCAAUCAGAAUUUUGAACUAUUUCUGAUUGCAUUCUGCUGCACUUUUGUUACACAACACUUGUCAUUUACAAUCAAUGGAUUUAGGAUGGCAUCGGAUUAUUUCACUGAUAGAGAUGAGAUACUACGCAUCCACUAAACAGAAUGGAGUUACAGGGAGUAAAAUGAUGAAUAUAGUAUGGAUUUUAUUGCCUUGUUUAUUCACCGUCGCUUCAUGCAUUUCGCGUUGUCAUCAACACAAGAUGAUUUUUUCAGCAAAUACAACUGGCAUCAUUUCCGAUGGAUCAAACGAUUAUUUUUCAAACCAAAGAUGUGAAUGGUUAAUUACAAGUCCAAAUGCAACCAAAUUUCCAUAUAUUUCUCUCAAAUUUCUGGGCAAAAAAACUGAAUGUAGAUAUGAUUAUGUGAUGAUAUAUGAUGGUGAGUCAUAUGAUGGUCGACUACUGGCAACAUUGAGUGGGGAUUCUACAACAGUACCACUUCACCAAAUAUCAGCGGGAAAUGGGAAGAUGCUUGUUUAUUUAUUCAGUGACAUCAAUACUGAUUUUGAUGGAUUUGAAGCUUCCUUUACAAUCAGUGAAUGUCUAAAUAAUUGCUCAGGACAUGGAAGAUGCUUCAGACAAAGAUGUUCCUGUAAUGAAGGAUGGACAGGGUCUGACUGUUCACAACAUGCUUGUCCACACAAUUGUGAGAAUGGAAAAUGUCGUACAGAAACUAGAUCUAAAAAAUGCAACUGUCGGCCUGGUUACAUUGGCACUGGAUGUAGAAUGGACACAUUUUAUGAUGAUAAGGGUGGAUGGUGGACGACUGUUUAUGACUACAAAGAUGAGCCAGGGAGCAAAGGCAGAGCUGCUCAUACUGGUGUAUUCAUCUAUCCUAAUUUUUAUAUAUUUGGUGGAUAUGAUUUGAAUAAACCUCUUGGUGAACUUUUACGAUAUAACUUUGAAGUAAACGAGUGGCUGUUACUACAAUCUCCUGUACAUUCACAACCAUCUCCAAGAUUCUGGCAUUCGAUGACCGCUGUCGAUGAAGUGAAUUAUGUUCCCCAAUUACUUUUAUAUGGGGGGGAAUUAGGGGAAGAAAAGCUAAGUUCCGAAACAUGGAUUUAUAAUACAGCAUCGAAUGCCUGGCGUAAGCAUGUUGGCUAUGAAUGGCACGAUGCCCCUCCUGCUCUUUGUCAACACACAACUGCUCUUGUCCAUUCUGAUCAUCGUCAGUAUGUUUAUCUUUUCGGAGGGAGAACUAGCAAUGCCCCAGAUGAGGGCUUGUCAUCUGAGAUGUUUCGUUUCAAUUGGGAAAUCAAACGCUGGGAAAGGGUUAAAUAUGACCCGAAUGGCGUGAAAGAGUCAAUGUUAAGAAUGGCUGGACAUUCAAUGGUUUAUGAUAUGGUGGAUGGAAGUCUUGUUGUUUUUGGCGGAUUACGUAUGGAUCUUUUACAAAAAGCAGUUUACUCGAGCUCUGUGUUUCUUUACAGCUUAGAAUUUAAUAGAUGGGCCGAGGUUGUGGCAUCAGAUCCCAAAAUCAAUGCCUACAAUAUUGAACCUCUCGUCUUCCAUUCUGCAAACAUCGUCGGCGAUUACAUGAUCGUACAUGGUGGUAAUACACACAGUGAUAAAUGCUAUAACAGCAAGACUCAUUUUUAUAAUUUACGCUGUCAUUCUUGGAUUGCCGAUAUUGCCCCACAUGUUCUACAUCCUCGCGGACAAAUGGUUUAUGGACGAUACGGCCAUGUAGCUUCUGUAAUGAAUCACAAUGUUGUUCUUGUACAUGGGGGAUAUGACGGAGCAAUGUCAGGAAAAUUACUGGCGUAUAAGUUACCCAAACUCACACCCUACGUCCCCCCGGAAGAAGUAAUGAUUGCUUGCUCAGAACAUAUGAACGACAUGUCUUGCAACACGGAUUAUGCAAAUGGUUGUGUGUGGUUAAAUCGAAAUUGUGUCAGUGGAGAAGGUUUAUCACCUGUUUGUGGGAGCGUCUGCCCACUUUUAAAAGAUUGUGUCUCGUGUACGAGUUUUAAAAGCUAUAUUCGAAAUUCAACAUAUGGAUGGAAUCCCUAUAGUUGUGCAUGGUGUGUACAAGAUUCAACCUGUGUUACUGUAAAUGGAAGAGACAACUUAGAUGUCUGCAAGUAUAAAGCCAACAAACAAGGGUUAUAUCCUUGGUGGAGUUCAAACAGUACAAAGUUAUUGCAAGAUCCUGAUAGUUGUCUUAAAGAUAAUAUUCAACCAGGUGCCAUUGCAGCAGAAUAUCAUCCAGUUCCUGAUUUCUCAUUGCCGGACAAGGUUUCUUAUUUAACUCAAAUUAACUUCAAACAAAAAGGUGAACAAACAACAGUCAUAAGAGACCAUGUUCUACUGAUACGUGGAUUUAUACACCUUGAUAAAUUUAACGGAAAUUACUUAUAUUUACAACUCUCAUCAACAAAAGGAAGGGCAGAGAUUCUUUUAAGUACCAGUGAUUCACCAUCCGAUCUUCAAACGAUUGUUGAAACUGUACAGAAGGAUUCUUUGACACAAAACACAUCUCGUGCUAUUCCAUUGAGGGGAUUAAAGCAAUCUAGGCAUUUUAUAGAGAUAAAAUUCACGCAUACUGGAAUGACGAAAUGGACUGGUGGAAUACAAGUAGGAUGGGCAACAACUGUUUAUGGGAAGUCAGAAUCGAAAUUCAACACACUGACAUCUGAUUUUCUCGAGCCUUAUCAAAGUACAUCACUACCAGAAUCUAUAAUUGUACCAUCUUGUAAUGCAUUGUUGACUUGCCUUGCUUGUAUGACUGAUGCAUCUUGUGCAUGGUGCGAUUCAAGAUCAGUUUGUGUAGAAAGAAGUAUAUUGGUUUAUCGACCUUACUGGUGCAGCCCAACAGGUACUACCAUAGUAUCUGGUCAUGCAGGAAUGAUAUUGGAACCAGGAUCAUGCAGCGUGUGUUCAGAUUAUUUAACAUGUUCCCAUUGUUUAUCUUCUAUACAUUGUGAAUGGCAGGAAGACCACUGUAUCAGGAAGGGUAGCGGAGAUAACAGUACCUCUGAUCCGUCUCAAUGUCCAGUUUCAUGUCAUCAAAGACAAGACUGUUCGUCAUGUCUUGAAAAUGAAGAUAACUACGGCAGAACCCUGAAAUGUGCAUGGUGUUCAACAUUGAAAAAAUGUUACAGAUUAACUCGCUAUCAUUUAGCAGCAUACCCAUUUGGGCAAUGUGGAUUUUGGAUUGAUAAACAAGAACAAUGUUCUGAAUGUACAGAACAUAAAACAUGUCAGACUUGCUUGGGAAGUUUUCAAUGUGGAUGGUGUAGCGUGACAUCAAAUCCAUUGCAGGGUUACUGUACAAAAGGUGGAUUUGCUUCUUCUGAAAUAAAAUGUGAUUCAAGAUAUCUUCCAUCAGAUAAUAUCACUGACUCACUGAUAUGGAAUUAUUCCUCAUGCCCUGAUGUCAAUGAAUGCCAACUUGUCGAAUGGCCCAAAGGGAAUAAACUUCACGAUUGCCAUCUUGACGCGACGUGUACUAACACAAAUGGAUCUUAUUUAUGCAACUGUAAUUCUGGAUUCGCAGGAAAUGGAAUCGAGUGUGAAAGAACAUGUUAUAUGGAAUGUGUCCAUGGGUUAUGCAUUGGACCUCCUGAUUACACAUGUUCCUGUGAAUUAGGAUGGACAUCUCACAAUGAAUCAUCAGAAGAUAAUCAGACAAUGACUGAGUGUGAUUUAGAUUGUGGAUGCAAUUUAUUGAGUACAUGCAACAAAGGACCUGGUAUCUGCGACAGCUGCCAACAUCAUACCACUGGGUCCCAUUGUGAACAGUGUCUCACUGGUCAUUUUCAUGCUAAAGACCCAGGAGAUGGAUGUCAACCUUGUGAAUGUAACGGACAUGGUUGGGAAGAAGCAGGUCUGUGUAAUCAAGACACUGGUGAUUGUUUCUGCCAGCAUCACACAAAAGGGCCAUCAUGCGAGUUUUGUGAGGAUAACUAUUAUGGAGAUCCUAGAAAUGGAGGGAGAUGUUACCAUAAAUGCGGAGGUCGAGUUAUUUUGAAAGACGAAUAUGGGGCAUUCGGUUCGUGGGAAGUUAUCAGGAGAAAAGAUAGAUCAAUGUUGAAAAGAGAAAUGAAAAGAAUCGACAUUGAUGUCGUUAACUGCGAGUGGUCGAUAUUUACAAAUUUCUCUGAUUCUGAAAUGAUUGUAAUCACUCUACAGAAGGACAUUAACGUACCAUGCUAUAUGAAUCAAGUUUUGAUAUACGAUGGAACACUUAGUGAUGGAUUAGCAACAUUGCUUGGAUCGUUCUGUGGAUCAAAAUGGAAAAAUGAUAUCGUGGUAGAGGCUAUAUCAGGUUCAGCAACCGUGCAAUACGCUGAUGUUCUUCCUACUAACAUGCCUCAUCUACUAGGAUUCAAUGCAACUUUUGAGGUCAUACCAUACUGUCCUGCGCCUAAAUUUUACUUCGAAUCGAGUGCUGAAGUUCCGACAUUCGAAUUCAGUGGUGAUAAUGAGUAUGUUUUCAAUACAUCAUUUUCAGAGAUAAAUGACUCUGAUGCUUGUGAUAAUGCCACAGUGCAAGAUAACUAUUGUUCUUCACAAUGUUACAGUCAUCUUGGAUAUGGUGUUUGCAAAAAUGGUAUCUGCCAUUGCUUCAAUGAAUUCACAGGACCUGAUUGUUCUAUCGAUAAAAACAAUUUCUAUCAACCAGUCAAUCUGCAAAUGAAAUGGAGCAGUGAAUUUAUGGUAGCAGGAGAUUAUUCCUAUCCUGGUGAUAGAGUUGGACAUGUUCUAAUUCCUAUGAAACAGUCAAUAUGGCUUCAUGGUGGUUUUGAACGAGGUCAACGAGCGUUAGAUGAUUUAUGGAGAUAUGAUAUUGCUAAUAACGACUGGAUAAUGUACAAAGAGAACACAACUUAUCCCUCUGCUAGAUAUUAUCAUGUUGGUGCUAAACAUCCGAAGGAAGAUAAGUUUUAUAUGCAUGGUGGCAUCCUUGAAGAUGGUCACACUAGUUCAGAACUCUGGAUGUUUGAUCGAGAUAAGAAUUGGCAGUUAAUCAACACAAGCAGACCAUUACCGGCAUUGGCAGGCCAUACAAUAACUUUCUGUGAAAAUAGUUCUACUGUUUAUAUCAUCGGUGGAUAUAAUUCUAAAUCUGGAUAUAAUAGAAAUGUGUGGACGUUCAAUCCGAUGGAUGAAGCAGUCACAAUUAUUCACAAUAAAUUGAUUCAUUCACCAUUGGUUUAUGGCCACACAGUUGUUUGUGACUGGACAACCGGAAUUCUUUAUUUGUAUGGUGGAUUGGAAACAUCUCGUAUACAAAUGCCAUCUUCCCAUGAGCUGAUUUAUGCAUUUGAUACAAAAGUUUUGCAAUGGAGUCCUGUCUUUCUCGGAGGCAAAAUUCCUGUUCUGCCACAAGCAAGAGCAUUUCAUAUGGCAGUUCCAUAUCACUCAGAUAGUAUGAGAGGCAUGGUAGUUAUUGGUGGAAAAUUAUCCUCUGGUGAAACAACAGAUGAAAUAUGGUUCUUCAGAUAUGAAUGCAAUACUUGGAUCAAACUUAUUGAUGGAAUUCACCCAGAUAAUCUAUCGCUGACAUUAGUGAAGGCCAUUCCUGCAUCAGCUUCGGUAGCAACUGUUGAUAACGUACAUUAUAUCUAUGGUGGGAAUAUUCAUGGAAAAUUCAACACUAAUAUGAUGGUUCUCUCAGACAUUGAGCCCUGCAUGGCUAUGAAAACAAUGGAUGAUUGUGAGGAACUUGAAUGUAAGAUGAAUGUUGUCAAUGGUUCUUCGAUUUGCUUUCCGACUGAAAAGAAGAUGAGUAACACAUCAUCGCCAUCCUUGGUUGAACCAACAAAAUGCGGAGUACAGAUUUCACCAAAUUGUUCAUUUCUUAGAGAUUGCAAAAGUUGUGUUAGUAUAUCACAAUGCCAUUGGUGUGAACCUCAGUCUAACAUUCUCGUUGGGAAAGAUAAUUGUCAACCGGUGGAAAAAGCUUGCGAUGGAGAUGCCUCAGUGUCUGUGAAGAAAGAUUGCAAUCAUUGUAUUCAUUCAUCUUGUUCAUCGUGUGAUAGAAAGCCUGGAUGUUCCUGGGAUAAAGAUGGGGUUAUGGAUGAAUCUUACAAUAAAGUCAUGAAAUCAUAUACAUGCCAUAAAGAUACGAUGGCCAUCGAGACAUAUGAUUAUUACAGUACUUCUCCAUCAGAUUAUCCCACUAUGCAGCCUGCUGUUCCCAUGUAUCAUGGUGGCCAUAUGUGCUCUACAAGUUGUGGUACACAUACAACAUGUGCUACGUGCCUUGGUUUUGACGACGUAUGGCAAUACUGUGUGUGGAGUAAAGGACUAAAUAGGUGUGUUGAUCCGGCUUUUGUACCUAUACUUUGUCAACCAGAUGGUUUAUGUGGUGUUACGUCAAGCAAAGGAUCGACCUCAUGCCCUGUAUCGAGAUGUGAAGAACUCAGAUCAUGUUGGAAAUGCAUCAAUGAAGCAAGUUGCCAUUGGAUUCAAUCUGGUUCUUCUGGUUAUUGUCAUGAUAUAGCAUACAAGGAUUCCAAAGCUGACGGAACAUGGUAUUAUUAUGAAUGUCCUCCUGAAAAUGAAUGUGAAAACAGAAUGAAUGAUUGCAUGAAUGAUGAUGAAAACCGAGAAACUUGCAACGAUUUGCGACAAGGAUACGAAUGUGUAUGCCAAGAUGGUUAUAAUAGAUCUUCAGAUAUUAGUCCAUGUACACCCGUCUGCAGUAAAGGUUGUUUCGAAGGUGAAUGCGUUGCACCAGAUACUUGUAAAUGCAAGUUUGGAUAUACAGGAGUUAGUUGCAAUGUAUCUUGUAAAUGUAACAGACAUAGUAAUUGCAAAGAUGCUGAAAAUCCUAAUGUAUGUCUUCAUUGUCACAACAAUACUGUUGGCAAUCAAUGUGAGUCUUGUGCACUUGGUUAUGUCGGAGAUCCAACUAAGAACAUUACUUGUGUGAAAUGUAAAGAAGUUUGCAAUGGAAGAUCUGAAAGUUGUGUUUCAAAAUCUUCUCCUAUUGCAUUGAGGGGACCAACAUUAGAUGAUGUUAUCUGCAUAAAAUGCAAAGAUUAUAGUCAGGGUGAUCGAUGUCAAGAAUGUAAAGAUGGAUAUUUCAUGCUCAAAGGUCUUUGCCACAAAUGCCAAUGUAAUGGUCACAGUGAAAUAUGUGAUAGAAAGACUGGUGGAUCUUGUAAAUGUCAAAAUCAUACAACAUCAUCUGACACCAAGUGCCUUACGAGUGCUCAAGAUUCAUAUCCAAGUUAUUGCUGGACAAAACAAUGUGAUAAAUGUUCUCCAACUUAUCAAGGAGAACCAAAGAAUGGUGGCCAUUGCUAUAGACAGGUUGCUAUGGAAGAUGACAUGUGUUUCAGCAUUGAUUCUCCUUCCUCAUGUCCUGCUAUUGAUUAUGGAUCUAAUGGACAAACAGUAAAUACACUUGGAGAAACGAGGCAUGUACUUCCAGCAGGGCAGGCUAUCUUGUUUGCUCUCAACCCGAAAUACACUAAUGUUGACAUUAGAAUUAUGGUCGAUGUUACUUUUGGAGAAUUGAGCUUGUUUUUAAGUGAUGACCCUGCCGCUUUCCGUGUGUUAACUGAUAAGAAUUCAAAGAAACACAAAGUUGUUCCGAACGAAAAUUUAAUUAUAGAAAAACGCAAUAGACGUUCUCUGGACAGAAAUGAAAAUGAUGACGCACCAGCAGGAUCUUUGUCUGAUGAAAUUAACCGAAUGGAAAGGUCAUAUAAGAAUGGUAAUUUCCAAGGAGCAUCAUGGGAAUCUGAUGACGAAGUAUCAAACGAUUCACUAGAGAAUGAUAUGGAAUUACUUGCUGACGAACCGGCUCUUGAUAAAAAAUUAAAAUUAAGUGUGACCAAUGCUACUGAAUUCAACUCUUUUGCAUCUCUGCCUCGAAACACAGCUCUUAUCGUUGAAAGAGUUUUAAACAGGCUUGUUAUAUCAAUUCGUCACACUGAGUUUGAUUUAAAAACUGCAAAAUUUUAUGUCAUAUUACUCGGACGACAAUCUCAAGAACCGAUUCGUAGUGACCAAUCAACCAUUGUUGAAGAAGAUCGGCACAGAGAUAAGCGCUCUCCGUCAAAAGUGAUCGAGUAUAAAGUUUUGGAUAAAUCUGCAGGACAACUGGUGUUCAGACAAGAUCAAACUCACAUCGAUUUGUUUGUGUUUUUCUCCGUUUUCUUCUCCUGUUUCUUCCUAUUCUUGGCAAUAUGUAUCGUAACAUGGAAAGUAAAACAAGUUAUGGACAUUCGCCAAGCAAUGCAUGCACGUCAUAUCGAAAUGCAGCAUAUGGCUAGUCGGCCAUUCGCUACUAUCUAUGUGAUGCUUGACAACUACAUACCUGAACCACUGUUCUACACACGAAAAGGCAAAUUCAACAAGCCAUUGGAAACCAGAACAAGCUCGAUCAUUUCUGAUACAACAACACAGUUGUUUCAAGCUCGAUCUUGUCCAAUUUUCAUUGAACCAAGUUGUCCUAACGCCAGCGACGAUGUAGCGGGAACAUCUGGUGUUAACAUCAUCGGACCUAGCUCUUCUUCUCUGCCGACUUCGCCGAAUCGAGAAUCAUUACAGCAUCGUCAUUCUGGUCAAAUAUCUGUCAGAAAAGGUGUCGGUCAUCUGUCGUUGGAAUUGGAUCCACAUUGUAUUCCACCACAUGACGAAGAUGAACGCCAAGCUACUUCAAUUACCAAGUCACUAUCUCAAGGCACUGAUUUUUCUUGCGACUCGACUGACCAGUUAUUGGUUGUACCAUCACAUGGUGACGGAGAAGAUUCAUCCAAUAAAAUACCUCUACUUAAUUCCGCUAAUACGUACUUAACGGAAUAUACUGUCGGAGAGAGGAUGGGGCAGAUAUCACCUUUGUCUUCAAGUAGUGGGAGCAGGACGCCGAGUCCUGUGAAAUCGACUACUUUUCUUCAUCCAUAUAUUGAUGGUAUGGAUACCAUCGUUAGUCUGGGUAAAAACGGGAAGAUUCAAACUUCUAGUAAAAGAAAAACAAUGCCACCUAUUUCACCCAGCAAUGAUGAACCAACUGAAACCGCGUUCGAGCCGCGGACUAAAUAUCGCUCGACACCAAAUCUUCCAGAACCAGGAUCCAAUAGUUUAAAAAAGUUUCAACCAAAACGAAAGUCUUCCACUGAUCGCUGUAAAACAAAUACUUUAUCUUCUAAAACGAGUCAAAAAUCUGACCCUAAACAGUCGUGGGGCAGGUUCAGUACUAAAGGCAAAAAGCACGCUUCCAAAACCUCAUCUAAAGAUGAAACUACUACUCAUAUAAAGCCAAGUCCGUUAGCUUGUGAAAUUACGGAAAACGGAUUUGCAUCAGUGAACACGGUUCUGCUGCAACUUCCUGGGGGUUCGCAAGCUCCUGCUCACAAAUUAGCGUGUUUAGGAUCGGCGCUUGUAACAACAAGAAAUAUGAUUUGUCCUACAUUUAGCAAUGACACUCAAGUCUCAAAACCUCAUUUUAAAUCAAGAAGGUCAAAAAUGUUAUGAAAUGUUUAAUUCUAAUCUAACUUUUGUACGAGAUAACACAUAUGGUAAAUGCUGUGGGUGUUAAACCACACGCCAAUUUCAUCGGCUCGUACAAACUCAACAGCAUAAUACACAUCCCUCAAUUUCUUUUUUAGUUUUACUUUUUCUUGCCAAUUUUCUUGUUAUUUAUUGUUUUGUUUUCAAGUGUCUGUUUAGAUGCCAGUAUUUGCAAUUGUUGUGUUGCCAUAUAUUUUUAGCCAAUGUCUGAUUAAUUUUAAAUCGCAGUCUCUUUCAUUUUUGCUCCAUGCUGCACUGUAAAUAAAUAAAAUUUAUCGAUGUUUCCGUGUAAUUCCAUCACAUACAGAUGUAUAAUCAAUUUGGUUUUAUACGAAGUUCGAAAUUGAAUGUUUUUUUUUCUACAAUGCCACUUUAACAGUAAAAUUGGUAUUUAAAAAAAUAAUAUUUGUAUUUUAUUUGUUUGAUUUUUUUUUGAAUUUAGUUAGUAACCUUACUUAAAAGUGGAUAGUUAGGAUAAUAGAUUACCAAAUUUUUUAAUAGCUCAAAUGUUGAAAACAAUUGUUUGGAUAUACAUACAGUUGACAUUUUUUGUGAAUUGAACCCCUUAAAUAUUUAUAUUUCAGACAUUACCACCCAUUUUCAAUCAUACUGCUCUUUCUGUUUAAAAAUUCUUGCCAUUCUAGCAUAAUGCUUGGAAAUAACUCAUCUUGAUUACUUGCUUAUGCAUUGCUUUGAGAAGCCAUUAAAUACUUAUAUUGCAGUUGACUAAUGAUCAUACUCAGAUACAUUUUACCUAUGACAAGUUUUUUAUCAUUUUUUGUUCUUUUAAAUUAAUCAUUAAAUGCAGAAAUUUUCUUGUUGAGUAACAUCUUCAAUAUUGCAGUCGGCAUUUGUAUAAUCUAUUUUAUUUAGUUAUUAUUCCGUCUACCACACCUUCGUUUAAUUAGACGGGUGUUACUAUGUUUUCAAAUCAAAUAGUUUAAGUGAAAUGAUGCAAUGAACAAUCAAGCUUAUAUACGAAGUCGUUUUCACAAUAUCCCAAAAUCUCUGAAAUUAUUUUUGUUGUCACACUAAAGCACUUGUCAAACAGUUGGAGUGGUGUAUUAAAAACAAAUUUAUAUUUAAUCAGCGCUAUUGCAUUACUGUAAUAUGCUUUGUAAUAUAAUUUGUCCAUUUUUCACUCUUUCCAUUGGCACUUCAUCCAGUGUUAGCAUUCAGGUCACAAACCUGUUUGAAUCUAUUUUGGAAUCUUGUGAUAAUCUGCAAACCCCAUUCUGUUUUUAUAAAUCUAUAGGUUUUGUGCAUGGUGAACCUACUUUGAAUACAAAAGAGAACCUGUUCUUAAAAUUUCAAAUCCAAUCCAAACCUCUUUCAGAUACAAAAGAGAACCUGUUCUUAAAAUUUCAAACCCCAUCACUGACUUCAUUUGUAACAUACAAAUGACUAAUUAUAAAAGAACUGGAUUUUGUGAUGAAACUGGUUUUGACUGGUUUUGCAAUAAUGUUUGAAAACAAUCAUUUAUAAUAAUAGUUUGGUAUGUCUUUCUAUCCCUUUUACCAUACUGUAAGUCAGGGGUCGGCAACCUACGGCCGUAACAUAAUCCAGCCCGCGACUCUUCACUGAAUUAUAGUAACAAAACAGCUGUUGUGACGAUUAUAUUUUUCACGUUGCAAAAUUCAUUGCGAGACGUGUGCAGACUAAAUUAUAUUAUAAUCUAGCAAGUAUAAAAUACACAAUUACUUGUUUAAUGAGCCUAUAAUUAGAUGAUAAUUAGACAAAUGGCAACAAAACCCAGAAAAGUUGAUGCUAAAUGCAAAAGGGUCAAUGGCGCCAAAAAUGCAAUGCAAUGAGGGAAUAAAUAUAUAUUCUAUUCGAGAGAUGUAUCCCUCCUUCAUUUUCAUUAUAAAAAAUAUCAUCCGUUUGGUUUUCAAUUACUAAAAAUAUAUGCGGCUCGCCAAUGACUUGCAACCCUUAUUUUGGCCCGCGAGCGACAAAAGGUUGCCUGCUGUAAGUGAUAUAUUGCAAAUUUCACUCGAUUAAUUGUUGACAAUUUGUCGUUGAUGUAUGUAACACCCAGGUCAGCAGACUUCAAGCUUUCAAAUUAGAUCAAAAGAUCUUCUAGUGAAAUUAUUACAGUAUUCAUACUUUGCAAAAUCAACUAACUCACACUGUAUGCAAUGUUUGUAUAUUACUUUUAUGAUUAUUCAAUAUUGCUCAGUACUGUUUGCUGCAUCGAUAUUCCUUUAUUUCUUUCUUAUAAUAUCAAUCUAACCAUCAUGGAAAUGUUUUUAUUUCAUUUUUGUUAACCAUUGAAUUCAUACAAUUACGAAAUCCACUCUGCUGCUGUCAUCUGUCAUACAUCAAUAUGUAUUAGGUGUUGGUCAAUUUGGAUAUGAUAUUCCCAUCAAAGUGCCGACUAUUAGAAAGAACAAUGUCUUUGAUUCAUUUUUUCUUGCAUAUUUAUGCACUUCGAAACAAUCAUUCAUAUUGGUUUAUAUUUUCCAUUUGGGUGAUAUAAAACAUUGCUUUGUCGGCUGGUAACCGAAAUCUAUAGCUGGUCUAAUAAACAUGGUUUGUGUCUUAGAAUAAAAUAAUUAAAAAGUCAUGAUGAUUAUUUAAAUAUUUUAUGGGUUAAUGAUAAAUUUUAGAUUUUCAUUGAAAAUGUGAUUGCCAUUAUUUUAAGGGCUUGUGGUUUUUGAAAAAUCCACCAUAUUAUUAAUGUGUUCUUCUGACAGCAAUAUCAGUAUGAAAAAAUUGCUAUACAUCUAAGUAUAGUCGGUCGAUAAACGUCUUUUUUGAAUAGCCCGAGCAUGCCUACUUGCAAUGGUUAUAAGUUUGGAUUCCUUUUGCGAAGUUGCACACUCACAGCUAGAUUCACUAUUUGGCUUGCUGAGAUUUGUCUGUAUUUAUUUCCAAAAUAUCUAGGCCAAGACUACUUAAUCCCGUCAAAGGCGCAUUGAUCCUUUUGUCGAGGCGGUGUUGAUUACUCUUUUAUUAUCAAUGACACGUUUACUCAGAGCAUCGAAGGUUUCAAAGCAAAUUUAGCGUCAAACUGCGAAGACCCCGUUGAGGCGUAACCUCGUCUCGCAAUUUCCCGCCGACUCACAGCGGUGCUGUUUUGUCCCGUAUUUUUUUCUUUUUGUUUGUAUCGCCGGCCAUGUGUGGGGCAAGUAUGGAUCUCUUCUCACACGCACAUAUCAUGGAUGUUCAAUGCACGAUUAGUGGGAACUGAGCUCUGGCACUCGCGACCUAUUUUAUGUUCACAAUCAAGAUUUUUUCUUUAUUAUUAUUAAUUUACUUUUACUUUUGUACGAAUAAAAGAUGACACAAUUGAAA